AUGAGUUCCAUCGACAAGGUCUUGGCGCGCAUUGAGUCCAACUUCGAAUCCAGCCUCGACCGCCUGUUCGAUCUUCUCAAGAUCAAGAGCAUUUCCACCGACCCCGAAUUCGCCGCCCCGUGCCGUGAAGCAGCCGAUUGGCUCGCCCUCGAGCUGAAUUCGAUCGGAUUUGAAGCGUCCGUGAGGGAUACCGCCGGUCAUCCAAUGGUUGUGGGUCACCGCAAGUCGGGAAAACCCGGACCUCACGUAUUGUUUUACGGCCAUUACGAUGUUCAGCCCGUCGAUCCGCUGGAACUCUGGGAGCAGGACCCGUUCGAGCCGAAAAUCAAGACCCGUGAAGAUGGCAGCAAGGUCAUCGUUGCCCGGGGCUCUUCGGACGACAAGGGGCAGUUGAUGACAUUUGUCGAAGCCGCGCGUGCCUAUAUCGAAGAGACCGGAGAUCUGCCGAUUGACGUAACGAUCCUGUUCGAGGGUGAGGAAGAAUCCGGUUCUCCUUCCCUGGAACCGUUUCUCAAAUCACACAAGGAGGAACUCUCCUGCGAUCUCGCACUUGUUUGCGAUACCGGCAUGUGGGACGCAGAAACGCCUGCCAUUGCCGUGAUGCUGCGCGGUAUGGUGGGAGAUGAGAUCAUUGUAAAGGCGGCAAGCCGUGAUCUUCAUUCGGGCAUGUAUGGCGGUUCCGCUCAAAACCCGAAUCACAUCGUCGCGGCAAUUAUCGCAGGUCUUCACGACGACAAUGGAAAAGUCACGCUGCCGGGUUUUUAUGAUGGUGUGAUUGAGCUGCCGGAAGAUGUCAGCAACAUGUGGGAUGGACUCGGAUUUUCCGUCGAGGAGUUUCUCGGAGAAGUCGGCCUGAAAUACCCGCGCGGCGAAAACGAUCGCAAACCGCUGGAACACCUCUGGUCCCGCCCGACUGUCGAGGUCAACGGAAUGUGGGGUGGCUACCAGGGCGCAGGAUCAAAAACCGUCAUUCCCGCACAAGCCCAUGCCAAGUUCACAUUCCGCCUCGUUGGCGAUCAGGAUCCGGACAAGAUCCAGGCAUCUUUCCGCGACUAUGUCCGCUCCAAGGUGCCCGCGGAUUGUUCGGUCGAUUUCAUUGCCAAGGAAGGCAGCCCUGCCCUCAGGCUCGACUUCAAGAUGCCUGCUCUGGAGAAAGGCGAAAUCGCCUUGAAGAAAGAGUGGGGCAAGGACGCUGCACUUACCGGAAUGGGCGGCUCCAUUCCAAUCGUUGGUGAUUUCAAGCGCAUGCUUGGCAUGGACACGCUGAUGAUCGGAUACGGGCUGGAAGACGACCAGAUCCAUUCGCCGAACGAAAAAUACAACCUGACCAGCUUCCACAAGGGCAUUCGCUCCUGGGCGCGGGUCCUGGAUGAAUUGUCGAAGAGCUAG